AUGUUACAUUUGCAAAGGUCAACGAUAUCCGAUAUUGAGAAUAUUGAAUAUAUUUUGAAGAAGAAAGAUUAUAGUGGUAUAAAAACAAAUCAAGACAUAAAGAAAAUAUUUAAAGACUUAGGUAGUGCGUUUAGAAUUUUUGGUGAGUCAUUAAAAAAAAUACAUAAUGAUGGGAAUACAAUUAUAUGCAAUAUAAAAAAGAAAAAAGAAAAUGAUAAAGAAAAGUUGGAUGAGAACGUAUAUCUUGUAGAUUGUUUUACAAAUGUUAUUUCCGUUAUAAAGCAUAUGUAUGAAGAAAAUAUUUCAGCUAGUGAAGAGAUAGAAAAAAACAUAGUUAAUGAAUUGGAGAAGGAAGAAAAAGAAAGGAUAGAAGAUAUUAAGGAUAUAUAUAAUGAGGAAAAUAAUUUGGAAGAUAAUAUACAAAAUAAAGAUAAGUAUAUAAAUAUAAAAAAUGAUAAUAAUGAUAAUAAUGAAAAUAAUGAUAAUAAUGAAAAUAACGAUAAUAAUGAAAAUAAUGAAAAUAAUGAAAAUAAUGAUAAUAAUUUAUGUUUUGAUGAAUAUUUGAAAAAUGAUAUAUGUAUAGAAAAUAUUCCUAUAAUACAUUUCGAAAAUUAUUUAAAAAAAUGUUUAGAAAAAAAUGAAUUUAUAAAUGAAUAUGUAAAUCAUCCACAAUUCAUAAAUUAUUUUUCAGAACUUCCUAAAUUAGAUGUUAAAUUAGAAAAAGAAAUACACUCCUUUAAAGAAAUCAUCGAUAAAUUUGCAAAAAACGCUAGUAAACAUCUUAUAAAUAAAUCGCAUGAAAGGAUACAAGCCAUAUAUAAAAAAAAAAAAGAAAUACUAUCCUUCUUAUAUGAAAAUAUUGACGAACUGAAACAUAAUAAAAAGAAUAUUAUUUCUAAAAAGGAUAUGGUUUAUAACAAGUAUCAUAAUGUAAGUCAUAAUGUAAACCAUAAUGCAAGUCAUAAUGUAAACCAUAAUGUAAACCAUAAUGUAAACCAUAAUGUAAACCAUAAUGUAAACCAUAAUGUAAAUCAUAAUGAAAAUACAAAUAAGAGUGUAAAAGAACUUAAUAAUGUUUCAAAUAAAAAAAGAAGAACAAAUAAUAAAUUACAAGAGGAAAGCCUUUAUUUGGAAAAGUUCGAAAUAAGGGAAAAGUAUCGAAUAGAAAAGAUAUAUUCGAGCUUUAGAUGUUUUAUAAAAUUAUUAGCUUUGAAACAUAUACGUAUAAAUAAAGUUAUAUAUGAAACAUCAAAAGAAAUUAGUUCUUAUGAUUCUCUGAUAGAUUAUCAACAAUGGUUAAGUAUUAUUUUAAAAAAGAAUAUUAAUAUUGGUAAUUUACGAGAAUGUAUUCAAAAUAAUAAUAUAUUAACAAAGGAAGAAGAAUUUUUAUUAAUGCCAUCUGAAACAAAUAAUAGUAAUAAUACUUAUUUAAUGAAUCUCUUAGAAAAGGUACAAAACAGCGCUCCACAUUUUCUAAAGGGGGAAUUGAUUUUUAAUGAGAAUAAAAAAGAGAAAUUAAAAAUAAAAGAAGACAAUGAUAAUAAUAGAAUGAAUGAAACUGACGAUAUGUGUCUUGAAAAAAAUGAAAAUUCUAUUAAAACUCAUCAAGAUGAUAUGUUAAAUACUGAAUUAAAUAAAAAGGAAAAUAAUAAUAGAACCAUUUCAAAUACAGAAGAAAAAUAUAAUAUUAAAAGUAAUAUACAUAAAAAUGAUGUAAUAAAUUCUCAUAGGGAUAGUCAAUUCCCCGAUAUGUUUUAUAUCCCUAUAAUAAUAAGACAAAAUGAUAUUGAUGAAAUUAAUUCUGUGUGUAACCAUUUGAAUGACCAACCUUAUAAGGAUGAUGUUCAUAUAUUUUUACAAAAUAAAUAUACAAAUAAAUAUACAAAUAAAGAUAGAAGUGGAGAUACAAAUAAAGAUAAAAGUGGAGAUACACAUAUAGAUUUAGAUAUUGAUAGAAUGGUAUAUAGUAAUACACAUUAUUGUAGUAACCUAAAUAUGAAUACAUAUUUUAAGAAAGACAUGGUUAGAUAUAAUGGAAAGGAUAUUGUUACAUUUUAUAAAAAUAGACAAAAAUGUUAUGAGAAAUAUCUUUUACAAUUUAAUGAUUUAAAUAUGUUGUCAUAUAUUUAUAAAAAUAAAAAUAUCAAGAUAGAUAAUAAUGAUAAUUAUAUUAAUAAUAAUAUUAUUGAUGAUAGAUCAACAUUAUUUGAUAAUAAAAAUUUCCAAGGAUUUUUUUAUGAAGAAAGUCAUAAUUUUUAUCCCUAUAAAAUUCCUAGCUGUAUUAGUAAUCAUUUUUCUAUAUUUCAAAAAAUGAAUUGCUUGGAUAAUAAUAAAUCAUAUAACAUUCACCAGUAUGAUAUUGAUGAAAAUGAUUAUAAAAUGAUGUCUUAUGAAUCUCUUCUUUUAGUUUAUUAUUUUUUAUCAACACAAGUAAAUUGUUAUUUCUUAUAUGACAUAGGUAGCAAAAAUAAGAUUAAUAAAUAUAUGUAUAAAGAAAUAUGUGAUAAAUAUUCUGAUGUCUUAAAUGAUUUAUUUAUGAAGGAUGAGUAUUAUUUGAAUAAUGAAGAUACAAAAAAUGUUGAUGAUAAUAAUAAUAUAUUAUUUUUACAUAAAGAUAGGUAUGAAAAUGACCAAGAAAAAAAAAAAAAAAAAAAUAUAUAUUUAUCAUUUUCUGAACCUAUACAUAACAUAAAAAAUUCAAGUUCUGUUCAUUAUAGAAAUGAUGAAAAAGAUGAUCAGAAAAAAAAAAAAAAAAAAAAUGAAAAGUAUGAUAAGUGUAAUAUUUUUAAUAAUAAUAAUAAAAGAGAAAAUGUGAAAGGGAAAAAAAAAGAAAUUAACGACUAUUUUGAAUAUAUAGAUUAUAUUUAUAAUGUAAAACUUCAAAAUUUAUUGCUUAUCAAAAGGUUAAUAAGUAUAUUUAGAAAUAAAUUAUAUUUGAAUUCUAGGAACAAUGAUUUGAUAACAAUGCUUACUAUACCUAAUCAUUAUAUGAAUUAUGGAUAUAAAUAUUCUUUUCAUGUUCUUGAUAUUAGAUUUAGGAUUAUGCGUAUAUUAGAGAGUUUACAAUUUCAUGAUUUAUUUUAUACAAAUGAUCACAAUGAAAUGUGUAAAAAAGGGGAUAGUAAUAAAAAAAAAAAAAAUAUAAAUAGUAACAACAACAACAACAACAACAAUAAUAAUAAUAAUAAUAAUAAUAACAAGAAUAAUUUUUGUAAUAAUAAUUAUUAUUGUAAUAACGAAUUAUAUAUAUACUUAUCGUGGGUAAGAAGACAACUGCAUUUAUUGUAUAUGUCCUUAUAUUUCAAGUUCAAACGUUUUAUGAUAUUCAUACCGUAUUUCUACAAUUUAUAUAAAAGAUAUAAUAAUAAUAUAAUGAGUGAUGAAGAAGAAGAAGAUAAUAUAUUUAAAGAGAAUGAAGAUUAUUUUACAUAUAUAAAUAAGUGUAAGGAAGAAAAUAAUUUAUUCGUACGAUAUAUAAAAAAUGUUCAGAAAAAGAUCAAAAAAAUUCAUCAUGUUAUAUUAUCUCGCAAGGGUAAUGUUAAUUAUAAUAUUGAACAUAUUAUUAUGAAUGAACAUAUGAUGGAUUAUAAUAAUGUAGAUUAUAUAGAUUUUAGCUGCUUAAAUUAUGAUGAAAAGAUUGUUUUUUUUUCACAUUUAUUACUUAAGAAUUUAAUAAAAUCCUUUCGAAUUGUGUUACUUCUAAAAUCAUUAAUAAAAGAAAAUAUGUGGAAUAUAGGUAAAGUAGAUGAAAAAUUACAUUUAACAAACUUAAUAAAAUAUUUUACAAAGAUUGAAUGUUAUGAUAACGAGAUAAAGAAUGUUAUAUAUAAUUCUUAUAGACAUGUACAUAUGUCUAAUACAGAUAAUGAUACUAUAAAGAACAAUACAUCUAUAGAUAUAGAAGAAAAAUAUAAACUUGAAAAGAUGACAAGUGAGGAUAGUUCUGUAAUGUAUGCUACAAAUAAUAAUAUGUGUGGUAUAAAUAAUAUGUGUAUUACUAAUAAUAUAUAUGAGAAAUCUAAAAGGGAUUAUAGUAAAUAUAUAUGUAAUAAUAAUAUUAAUAUGUGUUAUAGUAACAAUAAUAAUAAUAAUAAUAAUGUGGGUAAUUCAUUUGAAAUGGUUCAUGAUAAAGAAAAUGAAAAAAAAAAUAGAAAUAAAGACAUAGAUAUAUGUAAAAAUAUAGAUAACGAUGAACUUUUUAAAAAUAUAUUCCGGAAUGAAUGUAUUAUAAAAAAAAAAAAGAAUAUACAAAAGAGAGUUUUUUACAAAUUAAAUGUAGAAACUGUUUUAAGUUCAUGUUGGUUUCUUGACAGAAUAUUAAUACAUUUAUUUUUAUAUUUUUAUUCAUCCUGUAUGAUAGAUAAAAAUUCAAAAGAAAAAAUAUAUUUUGAUGCUCCAUAUAUUAUGCAAGGAAUUAUAUUGGUUAUACAUUAUUUACUUGCUGGAAAUGAUUUAACCUUAAGGAACAAAAAAAGAGAAAAAAUAAAUAAAGACUAUAUUCAUCAAAAUGAUAGUAACAAGAAUAAUAUUAAUAAUAAUAAUAAUAAUAAUAAUUAUUAUUAUAGUUGUAGUAAUAAUUAUGGUGACCACAAUAAAGAAUAUUAUGUCCAAGAUAUGUAUAAUACUUAUAACGAUGGACAAGAAGCUACCUUAAUACCCAUGUCCACAUUUAUCCUUUAUUUUGUCAUGCACUUAUUUUAUUCCUUUUUUGACAAGAACCUACUAACAUUAUAUGAUAACAAGGAAUAUAAAAGUUAUGAAUUAUUCUUAAAGAGAAAAAACGAUGAGAAUAAAAAGGAAAAUAAUUUAGACGAUUUAUUAAACCAAUCAUCCACAAAUAAUAUGACAAAUGAAAUUAUAACUGUGCAGAUGGCUAGCAGGUUUUUCUUUGUCAUAAAAAAUUUUGAACAAUUCUUAUCAUUCAGAUCUAUAGAUGAAGAGAAAUUUUUAAAUAACUCAUAUAAGAAUAGUAGUAUAAAAAAUUUUAAAAUGAAAAAGCGAGAUUUGUAUUCUGACAAUGGAGAUAAUUAUUCAUAUACUUAUCAACACUUGAAAAAAAAUAAAAAUAAGAAAUGUGUACAUGAACAUAAUUAUGAUAAUAAUUAUGAUAAGGAAGAAAAAAAGGAAAUAAAAAAAAAAAAAAAAAAAAAAAUUUUAUUUUGUACUAACGUACCAGAAACUACUAAUAACAAUUUUAAUGAUACAUUUAUUAUGAAUGAAAAUUUUGUGAAGGAUAUAGAAACCAGAAAAAUAAAAGAAGAAGAAUAUAAAAAUGAUGUAAUUUAUUUAAGGAGAUAUUAUAAUAUCAGAAAAUUUUUUAAUUAUGAUCAUUUUGAAAAUUUAAUAAGUUGUUAUGUUCCUAAUAUUUUAUCAUACUAUUUAAAUCAACAUAUUUAUUCAAAAGAUUAUAUUCUUUAUGAUACCAUAACUUUAAAUGAUCAAGUCCAUAUCAUUGGAAAUUAUAAAAAAAAUAUAUUGUGUGAUAAACAAUCGAAAAACGAAAUACAUUUCAAGAUGUUAAAUGGGUUAUAUGAACAGGAAUCAUCUUAUGAGGAGUCCAGAAAUUCCUAUUAUUUUUUAUUUGGUACAUUAAAGAAAGAAAAUGAUAAAAAAAGAAAUAAUGAAUAUAUGGAUAAUAAAAAUUAUAGUAAUAGUAAAGAAAAUGAUUUUAAUAGUAGUUGUAGUAGUAUUAGUAGUUUUUCUAGUGGUACUAAUAAUUCGAAUUCAUGUUGUAUAUCUUAUUAUAGUAGUAGUGAUAGUAUAAGUAGUAAUAAAAAAAAUUCAAAAAAAUAUAACUAUAAUAAUAAUUAUCAUUAUAAUCAUUUUAAUGAUGAUAUAUAUAAUAAAAUAGAUAUGAAAAAAAAUAAUUUCCCUUCAAAUUGUAAUAAUCUUAUUAUAAAAUAUAAAAAGAAUAAUGAAUUAUCGUACAUAUCACUUAUUGAAAUGUCACGAAUUGAAAAAGUUAUGAUCGAUAUUUUUAUAAUGAGAAUUAUAAGUUGUGAUUUCCGUAAUUAUUUCUUUCUCAUUUUUUGUAAUUAUAGGAAAUUCAUUGAUAUGUAUUCAUUACCAUAUAUAUUAGAUGUAUUUAUUAUGCUUAAUACAUUUUUUACCAUAAAUAAUAAUAGUAUAAUGCACAAAUAUAAUAAUCAGAAUAAAAAUAAUAUGUCUAAUAUAUAUAAUCAAUAUAGUAUUGGGUGUGAGGGAGACAAGCAAAAAAAAGAAAAAAAAAAAAAAAAAGAGAGUUAUCAAAAUGUAGAUAUGAUUAAUUCUUCCGAAAAUCAUAAUGUACUUAAGCAUGAGCAAAAUAAGGAGAAGGGGGGGGGAAAUAAUUAUGGAAAAAGUUAUCCGUUUGAUCUUUUUUGUAAUAUUAGAAUUGACGAAGAGGAAGAUAAUGAAAGAUAUGUACAAGAGGGUGAUGAAAAAAGAGAGGAUCUUGUACGAUUACAAGACAUACAUAAUAUAAAAAAAACUCGAGGAAAGGAUAUCUAUAAGAUAGAACAUAAUAAUAGGAAUAAUGUUGAAAAUGAUACAUAUACUCCACAUAAUAAAUAUAUUUGUGGUGAACAAUUUAAUAAAAACAAAAAUAUAUAUAUAGAUUGUAUGAAUGAUGCCAUGAAAUAUGUAGACAAAGAAAAUAACAAAGUGAAUAUGGAUGAACAUAAAAACAAUAGGAAGAAUGAAAAGUUUGAUAAAAAUAGAGAUUUACAUAAUGGUGAUAUGUAUAUAAAUACAUUUAAUGAACAUGAUAAUUCAACAACAUCCGGAUAUGAAAAGAUGUCCACGUAUUUUAAAUAUUUUAUUUUUUCAAGUGCCAAAAAUAUUUUUUAUAAUAUAGUAUGCGGAAUAAAAGAUGACAUGUCAUUAAACGAUACAUAUGGGGAUGAAGAAAAUGUUUUGGUACAUGCAAAUGAUGAUAAUGAAAUUGUAGAGAAGAAUUAUACAAAUGAUAAUAAUAAGGAAAAGAGUAAUAUGCAAAAAUGUAGUGAUGAACAUGGUAAUAAUCAUGUUGAUGAUUAUGGUGAUAAUGAUGAUAAUAAUGAUGAUAAUAAUGAUGGUAAUAAUGAUGGUAAUAAUGAUGAUAAUAAUGAUGGUAAUAAUGAUGGUAACAAUGAUGUUCAUAAUCAUGUUCAUAAUAAUGUUCAUAAUAAUGUUCAUAAUAAUGUUCAUAAUAAUGUUCAUAAUCAUGUUCAUAAUAAUGUUUAUAAUCAUGGUGAUGGUCGUGAUAAUCCCAUAAAGGACAAAAGGGAUAAUACGAACAACCAUAAGAUAGAAAAAAAUAUGAAUGAUGAUAAAAAAAAAAAAAAAAAAAAAUUAUGUAACGUUAUAAUUUCUAAUAGUAUGUUAAACGAAUAUGUUAAUAUCAUAAAUAAAUAUAUCAAUGAAAUAAUCAUGGAAAUAUUAUUUUUUACAAAUAUAUGGAAACAUUAUUUAUCCUUAGAAGAGCAUCCUAGAAUUGUUUUAUUUGCUGCUAACAAAACGUUAUAUUAUGAAGUGUUAAAAUUUAUAAAAAAUAACAAAAAAAAAACGGACGAAGAAUCAUUUAAGCAAUCUUUAUCUAUUAUUGUAUCAUUAUAUAAUUUCAAUUUAUUAAAUAAAGAAAUAGUUUUACAAACAUAUAAUUAUGAAACAAGAAAAUUAAUGAAAAAUGAUAUGAGAAAAAAUAAUAGUAUAUUAAAUGAUGAGCAUAAUGAAUAUUAUUAUAUGGGUAGUAAAAAUACUAAACAAUUUAAAUUAAGAAAUGAAAGUAAAGUUUUUAAUGAGAAAAUAAAAAAUAAAGUAUUAAAUUAUUAUGAAAAUCGAAAUUCUGUUCGAUUUAAUAUUAAUGAAAACAUUAAUCAUACAGUAGAAAAAGAAAGAGAUAAUAAAAAGAACAAAUUAGAUAAGAUAAAGUUAUCAUCAUUAGAUGAUAAUCAAAAUAAUUCAAUUUGUAAUAUAAAAAAUUGUAAUGAAGAUGAUAUGUUUAUAAAUUUAUCUUUGAUUAUAUCUAAUUCUAAUGAUCCAUGUAUGGUUAAAUUAAUGUUUAAAUUAGAAAAAAUAUUCAUAAAAUUUAUAGAUAAGAAAUUACAAGAAAAUGAAAUUUUAUUAUCCAAAUGUUUAAAAAAUGAAAAGUUAAUUCCACUGAAUGCACCUGAUAUUAUGUAUAAUUCAACCACUGUCGAUAUUUUUACAAUCAUCUCACAUAUUUUAGAAGCUCUUUUUGAAUAUAAAUGUCCUGUUGAAUGGAUUAUAACACCCUUCUUAGAAUUCCUUAAUAAUUUUAUAAAUGAUUAUUGUGAAAAUUAUAAAAAGAGAUAUACUUCCUUUAUCAUCUCGGUACUUAAUCAAUAUGCUGAUAAAUAUUUUAAUGAUCUCCUAAAUUUAAAUGAACAACAGAAAAUACAAUGGGAUAAAUAUUCAAUAGAUCAUAAAAAAAAAAAGUAUAAAAAAACAGAAAAUACUGAUUCACAAUUUAAUGAAAACUUUACUAUUUUUAAAAGAAAUGAUAAUGAUAUUACACAAAAUCAUCAAGAUGUUGAAGAAGAACAAGAUGAAAUCUUUGAUAAUAAUAUACAUGAAGAAUAUAAAGAUGCUGAUGAAAUUACCAAAAGAAUAAGACACAAAAAUAAAAAAAAAACUAAUGUUUUUUAUAAAUUAUUCGAUUAUGAAGAAAUAGAUUCUAUUAUAAAAAAUAAAAUUGAUGAAAUAUUAACAGAUAAAAAUGAAGAAUCCAUACACAAAACAUCAAAUAAUUAUCAGCAACAAAAUCAAAAUCUAAAUCAAAAUAUAUAUCAUAAAAAAAAUCAUAAAGUAACACAAAAUGGUAAUGAUGCUCAAACAACAAAUGAUGAUUAUGAUAAUCAUAAUGAAAAUAAAAACAAAACAAAUGGCUCAUAUAUGAGUGAUGAUUUAAUUAAUAUUAUUGAUGAAAUUAAUUUCCUAUUUAAUGAUUCGGAUUUAUCAAAUUCUUUAGUUAUUACAUGGAAUUUAUAUUUCUUCUCAGAACAAUUACCUUUAAUAAAAAAAAAAUUCGAAAAAUAUAUAUUACAAUAUGUAUGUACAAGAACCACAAAUGUAGAAUCAAUUAGUCAAAUCUUUGAUGAACAUCUUCAUUUUAAUAUAACACAAGAUAAAUUACAAAAAAACUUUUAUACAAAAACCAUAUUUGAUGUAUUAGAUAUGUCCAUAAAUAAUAUAAAAAACACUCUAAACAAUACUCUAUAUUUUAUUUUUAAAGUCUUAUCUAUUAGAAUUAUAUGUUAUGAAUUCCAAAAAGAAAUCUUUUAUAAUUUAUAUGAACCAUUCCAUAUAAAUAACAUACAAAGUAUUGUAUCUAUAUUCCCUAACACCAUAGAAAAGUUCUUCAAGCAAUUACCAAAAAUAUAUUUUAAAAGUAUUUUAACCGUAUUUAUCGAAUUAUUUAUCAAAAUGUGGAUGCUUGUUAUAAUCGAAAAGGGAUUCUCCAAUUAUCAUUUUUCCGAUCAACAUAUACAUAUAAUGAAAAAAGAUAAUCAGUUUUUAAAACUAUAUUUAGAAAAUAAUCAUAUUGAAUCGACGCAUAACUUUUUAUCAAAAAAAUAUCAUAUUAAUGAAUAUAUAGAUACCUUCCUUGAUAGUUUAUAUGGAAAUAGGGAUCUUUUUGAAGAAAUACUUAAUGAACAAAAACAUAAGAAGCAUAAAAAUAUUGUCUCAUCAGCUUAUAGUAAAGGAAUGGCAAUUAUAAGCGGAGUAAAUCAACAUAUCCAAGAAAAAACAAAAUGGAUGGAAUGA